AUGGCUGAAUCGCUUCAGAUCAAUAAUCUUAAUCCUCGUCUAAUUCAUAAUACUUGUGAUCGACCAGAUAUCACUCUGCAGUCGAUUAGUGGCUAUGAAAAAUUGGAAUCAACUCCACUGGAAACAGCUGUGGAACCGAUUCAAUCGCUCUUUCGUGAUUUAUCUCACGACGUUUCCAUUGCGAAAGAUGCCACGAAAAGACCGACCGACGGUCUCACACCAGAUGAAUCUGCUGCGAUUUAUCUCUAUACAUUGGAUAUUAAUCCACGUAGUUUAUAUUUAGUUCUAAACGAAAUAUUAUUCCAUCGUGAUCGUCAAAAAUUGAAACCUUGGUUUCCCUAUCUCAAAUUGUUUUUUAAUGGUCUCUUCAAAAUUCCAUCUUAUACGAUGAAAAUCAUAUGGCAUGGUGUCAAGGCCGAUUUACAUGCAAAAUAUGAGACUGGUAAACGCUAUAUCUGGUGGGCAAUCACAUCGUGUGCUCAAUCGAUCGAUGUACUUCGACAUCCUGCUUAUUUGGGCGAAACUGGUGUGAGAACUGUCUUCUCCAUUGAAUGUCUCAAUGCACGACCGAUCAAAGCCCAUUCAUGUUAUCAACGAGAUGAAGAGAUCUUACUUUUACCAGGAACGUAUUUUGAAGUUAUCAGUAAUGUCAAUACAGGUCAUGGCUUACACGUUAUUCGUUUACGAGAACUUCCAUCACCUUAUGUUCUAUUAGAACCACCAUUCUCAACUCAGAGUACUGAAGCAGAAAUGUCGAGCAUUGAUCAAAUUCUCGAAAAAAUUUACUUAAUGAAUAAGGAUAAUGCAGAUAUGCCGAAAUUAUUGAUAAUCCUACCCGACCCAACUUGUCGAUGGGAACCAGAAGAUGUCUGGAAGAAUAGCUUUCUUCUUCAUCUCGUCUGCGAAUGCUCGGUCAAUCAUCUUCAUUUUGCUCAACAUCUCGGUUAUUCACUGCCAAAUGCUCAAGUUUUCUUUCAAAUCUAUGGAUUGUAUUUAAAACAGUACAUGAUUCCAUUAGCUCAAUAUCUCUUUCAGCUGAAAAUGGUCAAUACAGUGCAAGAUGCUCGUUUCUGGUCGACAUUUCAAACUAAUCUAAAUAAGAUGACGGAUAUUCUCAAUCGAAUCGAGCCGAAUCCGAUUACAGCGGAAGAAACGUCAAAAUUGAAAGAUCUCAUCGUACCUGAAUGGACGACGAUUAGCAAUUUUUAUCGAUCGAUCACGAACCAAAUGACUAUUCGAUGGGUAUGUAAGCGUCAUUAUCCAGUCGAUCAAUCGCAAUUGAUUCGUCGUUUACGAGAUAUCGAAGGCAUAUCAUUUGAUGAACAGGAAAGUGAAAUGACCAUCAGUGGACGAUUAGAUCCAAAGCAAAUGUCACGCCUAACAGCAACUCUGCAACGUGGUUUGCGUAUUUAUAUGCUAAACUAUGUCUAUUAUUCGCCACCGCUCGAUCAAUUGAAUAAGGCUUUCUAUCGAGCCUCAAUUGUUACUGUGUGUCAUCACGGCUUUCUCUCUGAAAAUAAUGACAAGUCCAAUAUGGAACGAAUCCAAAGAUUGUGCAAUCAAGUCAUCUCUUCUAAUGCUUUCGUACGACAGGCUAAAGUCACUGAUGGAGGUGGUUGGUCACGAAAACGAGCUGGUAUCCGAGAUGCAUUGAAAUCCAAUACCACACUACGUUCAUUUACCUUUAGCGGUGCCAUGACCAAUCAAGGUAUCACAGAGAUCAUGGCAACAUUGAAAUCGAAUAUGGUCUUAACGACAUUACGAUUCAAAGAUCGACCAUUACCACCGCAAGGUGCUGAGACUUUUGCCGAAUUGAUACGAUCCAGUGGUACAUUGAUUUCUUUAACGCUGUCAAAUACGAUGCUCAAAGAUGAAGGACUUCAUGUGAUUAUUGAUGCGAUCUGUGCUAAUCCCAUCAUGCAAACAUUAGAAUUAUCAUUCAAUCGUCUACAUGAUAAGAGUAGUUCGUAUAUUGGUUAUUUGUUGAAAGUCUGUACUAGUUUACGAAGUCUUGACAUUAGUUACAACGAGUACAGUGCUAUUGGAGCAAGACGAAUAUUCGACAAAUUGAAAUCCAAUCGAACACUCUUACAUUUCAAUAUAGGUCUGAAUAAUUUAGCCGUAAGAACUGGAAAGCAAACAAUGACAUCUAAAGUACCACCUGUUAAUGGUGGUGAAUUGAUUGGAGCAAUGUUAGCAGAUAAUAACACUCUGAUCACUUUGGAUAUUGCUCAUGUAAACAUAUCGGAAUUUGGUGUACAAGGAUUGGCUGAAGGUCUAUUGAAAAAUCGAACAUUGACGCAUCUAAAUUUAACAUCGAAUAAAAUUUUCGAUGUUCAACGACGAGUGAUCUUGGAUGUGAUGCAUCACAAUGAUACGUUGCUGAGUCUUGAUCUGUCGCAUAACGAUAUGGACGAUGGUAGUGUCAUACAACUGGGUGAAAUGCUUCGAGCCAAUAAGAAAUUACGCUAUUUCAGAGCAAAAUCUUGCGUCAUCGAGGAUAGCCGAAUGUAUAGUCUUGCUCGAGCCUUGCAAGAUCAACUGACAUUGACACAUCUCGAUCUUUCGAAGAAUAAGAUUGGUGAUGAUGGAGCGACCAUGAUUGCUGAUAUUCUCUCAAAGAAUAACACAUUGAUCUAUCUAAAUAUUUCUGAGAAUCGCAUUACCGAUCCAGGAGUUCAAGCAAUUGCCAAUUCUUUAGAAAAUAAUAUUACCUUACUCCAUCUGGAUAUCCUCGUGCAACAAGACAACAUCACAGUCUUUGCCAUGGUUACCUUUCGAUCUAUUCGACCAGACUUGAUUGUCAGAUAA